AGUUUUAAUUGUAAGUGUGAUUAGUGAGAGGUAGACUAUAUUAUGUUAAUUAAGGAAAACUUGUUAUUUUUGUAUUUUAUGCAAAAAAUAAAGUUACUGGGUGCCAAAAAUGUGAAAAAAGGUUUAUUUUUUUUGUCCUAGAAUUGUUGUUGGGCAGAAGUAUGUAGACUAGAGUAAAAAAUCCAAAUCACUUCAGAAAAAAAAUUUGUAUACUUGUGUACGUGAAGUAUGUAUUGUUGGAAAAUCUCAAUGGGCAAUAGUAUAUCAACAAGAGAGCUUCAUAUCAGCAGUUUGGAUUGUACAAGAUAUUAUUUGAUAAACUCAACGAGCGAUUUUUUUAGACUUCGUCGCGUGGAUUCCUCACAUUUUGUGUCAGUCAGUGUUCGAUCCUCAAUGGAACAACAAGUGUCCUAAAUAGUGGUCUUUACACUUUUUUUGGAAAAUUCAUCUAAAUUCUCCCUUUUCUGCAAGGGAACGAUAAUAAAAAUUAGAUUUUAAACAGUGCAGAGACUUCACUAGCUUCCUUUACUCCAGGAUCUCAAUUAACUGAUCAAUAUGGAGAAGGAUUCAAAGGCUGACGAUACUGUUGCAGAAGACAAUUCAACUGCUGAUACCGUUGAGGCAACUGAUACAGAGGGACAGGAAAAAAAAUACAAGUAUCCCAAACAAAUUGGGUUCAUCAUCAUCAACGAACUAUGCGAGCGAUUCAAUUACUAUGGCAUGAGAACGGUCUUGGUGCUCUAUCUAACACGGCAAUUACUCUUCAAUCAGGAUACAGCUACUGUAAUUUACCAUUCUUUCACCAGUGCCGUGUAUUUUCUCACGGUUUUUGGAGCUAUUCUUGCGGACUCAUGGCUAGGAAAAUACCGAACGAUCCUCUACUUAUCAAUUGUGUAUGCAUUUGGAUCAACGAUGAUGUCAAUAGGUGCGAUUCCCACACUUAACAUAAAUGCAACCGCCAUGACCAUCGUUGGUCUGUUCCUGAUAGCAAUAGGAUCUGGUGGCAUAAAGCCCUGUGUAACGGCUUUAGGAGCUGAUCAGUUCAAAUUGCCAGAACAACUUAAGGCAAUGGCCACCUACUUCUCCCUGUUCUACUUUGCCAUCAAUACCGGCUCAAUGAUUUCAACUCUAGUCACUCCAAUUCUCCGUCAAGAUGUGCAGUGCUUUGAUGAAGACACUUGCUUCUCCCUGGCCUUUGGGGUCCCGGCCAUCCUUAUGGUGACAUCAAUUAUCAUUUUUGUGGCUGGAAAAUUUUUGUACGUUCUCAAACCACCAGCGGGAAAUAUGCUUGUUCGAGUAUCAUCGUGCAUUGCUAAUGCUAUUUCUGAGCGACGAAAGAAGAGGAAGACAAAUCCUAGGGAACACUGGUUGGACUAUGCUGAGGAGAAGCAUGGGAAGCAACUUGUGACAGAAAUCAAGACACUAUUCAAUGUACUUGUUCUGUACAUUCCACUACCAGUAUUCUGGGCACUAUUUGAUCAGCAAGGAUCCCGAUGGACCUUCCAGGCCACCCGAAUGGACGGUCAAGUUGGUGCAUUGAACUUAAAACCGGAUCAGAUGCAAGUCAUCAACCCUGCUCUUAUCCUGAUCUUCAUUCCUCUCUAUGAUAUCGUAUUCUAUCCACUACUCUCGAAAAUCGGCAUUCGGCGGCCCCUGCAGAAACUUACACUUGGUGGAUGCCUUGCUGGAGUAGCCUUUAUUGUUUCCGCCAUCUUGGAAAUUCAACUCUCUAAAACCUAUCCCAUUAUUGCCGAAGCAGGCGAAUCCCAAUUACGAAUCUUUAAUGGAAUGCCUUGUCAGUAUUCCGUCACCACGAACAUUCCCAAUCACGCAAACUUCGUCAUCGGCUCGAUGGAAGCCUUUACCGAACGUCAUAUUGCCGUUGAGAAUACUAGGGCCUUCACCUACUCUAUGACAUCUAACGAUCCUGCUUGCAGUGAGAUGAUCUUCGCUGGCAACUUCAAUUUGGAAUCGGCUAAAGCUGUGAGCUACUUCAUGAAUCGCAACGAGAUGAUAGAGUUUGACGACGAUCCUGAGAAAGCUGCCAACGGUUAUCCUGUUGUCAGGGUGCUAGCUAAUACAGAAACUGAGCGUACGAUAUCCUUCCAGGAUAUACACGAUGAUUACAAUAAGAGAUACGACAAUGUCACAAGUCGCAUUAAACGAAAUGAAAUCUGGCCAUCUACCUACGACAUUGUCGUCAACAAUGUUGUAGUAGAGCAAUACGAAUUGAGAUUGGGAGGGGUCUAUUCACUAAUCAUUUACGAAAUUAACCCUAAUCAAUAUAGAUCAGAGUUGCUGGAGGUAUCGGAACCCAAUUCCAUGAAUAUGCUGUGGAUUGCUCCUCAAUAUAUUGUGCUAACUUUGGGUGAAGUCAUGUACUCUGUUACCGGAUUGGAGUUUUCCUACUCACAGAGUCCAGAAAGCAUGAAAUCCGUCAUUCAAUCUGCCUGGCAAUUGACUGUUGGCGUGGGAAAUGUUAUCGUAACUAUCAUAGCCAGUGCAAGGAUCUUCGAUUCUCAGACAGCAGAGUUCUUCCUGUUUGCUGGACUUAUGUUUGUAGAUAUGGCAAUAUUCGCAAUCCUUGCUUAUCGCUACAAAUACGUUGGUGGUGUUGGCGAUGACAAGAAAACCACAAAUACUGAAGAAAAUGAAACAGACAACGAAAAACCACGUGCACUAUCUUCUUCGAACUUAAAAGAAGACUAACACUCUUCAGUUUGUCUUUUAAAUUAAAUAAAAAAAACUUUAAAAUAA